CCGGGCGGAGCCCCGGCGGGGACCUCCGGGGCGACCUGGGCUGAGCUGAGUCGGGGCCCGGGACCCGGGCUGGUGUUGUGGGUGCGGCCGGGGAAAGCCGGAACCCAGGGAGCGGGCGGGACCGGGCGGAGCUGGACGUGCGGCGUUGCGCGGCUGGGAGCCGACCCUGAGCUCGUCCCGCGUGGGAAGAGCCGAGCUCAGGGGGCUCCAGAGCCAGAGGCGGAGGAGUGAAGUGAGGGCUGAGUGGGCGGAAGAGAGCCUGGGCGGAGACAUGGCCACUUAUCGCCCAGCAGGACACAUGCAACUGCCGCGAGCCGAUGCCAUUCGUUCCCGUCUCAUUGAUACUUUCUCUCUCAUCGAGCAUCUGCAAGGCUUGAGCCAAGCUGUGCCACGGCACACUAUCCGAGAGAUACUUGAUCCUACCCAUCAGAAGAAUCUUAUGCUAGGAGACCAACACCAGCUUGUGCGCUUCUCCAUAAAGCCUCGUCGUGUAGAACAGAUUACGGACUCCCAGAGGCUGAUGAGCACCCUUCGAGUGCGCUGCAGCCAGAGGCCACCUCUUUCCUUGUGGGCUGGAUGGGUCCUUAAGUGUCCUUUCUUCACAAACUUCAUCAUCUUCCUCAUCUUUUUGAAUACGAUUGUACUGAUGGUUGAAAUAGAAGUGCUAGAAUCCUCAAACACUCAGCUGUGGCCACUGAAGCUGACUCUGGAAGUGGCAACUUGGUUCAUCUUGUUUACUUUCAUCUUUGAGAUCCUUCUUAUGUGGCUAUCCAGCUUUUCCCUCUUCUGGAAGAAUGCCUGGAAUGUCUUUGACUUUGUUGUCACCAUACUGUCCCUGCUUCCUGAGGUUGUGUUGCUGGUAGGGGUAACAAGCCAAUCCAUAUGGCUCCGGUUGCUGAGGAUCUGCCGGGUGCUGAGGUCUCUUAAACUCUUUGCACGAUUCCGUCAAGUUCGAGUCAUUAUCUUGGCCCUGGUCAGGGCCCUAAAGAGCAUGACCUUCCUCUUGAUGUUGCUGCUCAUAUUCUUCUACAUUUUUGCUGUGGCUGGUGUCUACUUCUUCGAGAAUUACACCCGUUCAACUCGCCAGGACCUGGAGUACCACAUGUUCUUCUCGGACCUGCUGAAUUCCCUAGUAACGGUGUUCAUCCUCUUCACCAUGGAUCACUGGUAUGCACUACUUCAGGAUACCUGGAAGGUGCCUGAAGUGAGCCGCGUUUUCAGCAGUAUCUAUGUCAUCCUCUUGUUGUUACUUGGUUCCAUCGUCUUUCGAAAUAUCAUAGUAUCCAUGAUGGUUACUAACUUCCAGAAUAUCAGGAAUGAGCUGAACGAAGAGAAGACACACCUGGAGGUUCAGCACAAAGCUGACAUAUUCAAGUGGCAGAUUAUCCAGAGGAGACAAAACCUAGCCCCUGAGGCAAAGAAGUCAAGCAUUGUCAAAAUGGAUGUCAGAGAUGCCAGUCAACAAGGGAAAUCCUUGAACUUAACAGAAGCUUCUGAAGAAGAGUCUAAACACAGUGCCACUAAAGAGGGUUCAAGAGAAUCUAAGUCAAAAACAAAGAAGUCAGAAGUGAAAAAGUCUGCCUCUUCCCCCUCCUGUUCAUCCUCCAACUAUUCCUCUCCUUAUGAGUCCAUAUAUUUGGACCCUAUUGGUCAGUUGGACUGGGAGACUCACGUGCACCAGAAUCUGCCUGGGUUAAUGGAUAUGGAUCAGGAUGAACGUGUUGUUUGGCCUAGAGAUUCACUCUUCCGAUAUUUUGAGUUGCUGGAAAAGCUUCAGUAUAACCUAGAGGAGCGUAAGCGGUUGCAGGAGUUCGCAGUGCAGGCACUGAUGAACUUUGAAGACAAGUAAAAAGCCCACAAUGGAUGGCUUCGAUAUCUUUGGCAAAAAUUAAUGAAGGGAUUAGUUGGAAAUGGAGAAUUCAAAGUAUAAAUGUCUAAUAAAUACUGCUGAUAACUUGUGCAGUGGUCUGUCUCUGAGACAUAGGGGAUACUGAAAGGUAUGUCAAGUGAAAGUUAGUUCAGAUGCCAGUGGGCCUGUGGUCCUUGGCUUUCUACCCUUUCCGCUGCUCCUGAGUCUCACACUUUCCUUGGCUUUGUCUCUAUGGCCCCCACCCUUCCUGCAACCUCCACUUCCUCAUAGAGUCCUAAUUGCACCUUCUCUCUCACUGGUGGAUAUGGGCCUCUGGGGGAUGGGGGCAGGGAGACCCCAGGAGCUUUAAGUGUAACUAAUUGAGAACUCUUAUUUCCAUUGCUGCUCUAAGAACAUUGCUUCUCCUUUGCACCGUUAAUUUUAAUCAAACAUCAUUUUCAUCUGCUUCUGGGCCAAAAGAGAGUCCCUUUCUUCUCUUUCCUUGCCAUUUCUGAGAGCAGUGAUGUCAUUCCAUAGCGGGUGGAGCAAAUCACUAUGUCCCAUAGAUUUUUAGUGUUGAAGGAGACCUCAGAGUUAAUCUAUCAAAGUAGGAAUGCCUUUUAGGACAUCACUGAAAGGGGGAUUAUCCAGCUAAUGCUUAAUGUUUCUAGUUACUGGUGACAUUAUCUAGAGAGGAUCACUAGAUAAUAGUGUUAGAUGGCUGAAGUCUUUAGAAAUAUCUAUUAAAAAUUCUACCACUUAUUGAGUGCUCAACAUAUAUGAACAUGUACAUGUAUGAAGAACACAUGAAAUACUGAAUUGUAUACUUUAAAAUGGUAAAUUUUGUUAUAUGAAUUAAAUCUCAAUUUUUAAAAUGAAGUAAGUAAAGAGUAUCUAAAACCAAGAACCAACAUUAUGUUUCAAGGAAAAGCAUUUUAGUCCUUCUCCAUAAAAUGUAGAACAAAACAAAAAUGUUUAAAAAUAAGAGGAGAAAGGUAUAGCUCAGUGGUAGAGUGCAUGCUUAGCAUGCACAAAUUCCUCGUACCUCCAUUAAAUAAAUACAUAAAUAAAUAAACCUAAUUAAUCCCCCCAAAAGACAAACAAAAAAAUUUAAAAAGAAAAAAUGAAGAAAAUAAAAGGAUAGUUUGAAAUUUUUUUAAUAAAUAAAUUUUAAAAAAUGAAUGUCAAUAUAUAAUAUUGUAUUUAAAAUCCAGUAAUGAGAAAUGUGGCAUAAGUAUUUGGAAGGACUGAAAAUACUAUUUUUAGACACGAUUGUAUACAUAGAAACCCCAAGGGAGUAACUAGAAUCAGAGAUAACAAAGGAUUUCCAUUAAGUACAAAUAGAAGAAAAGAGGACUGGAGACAGAAACCUGAGAAACAGGAACAUUUAAGGGAUAGGAGGAGGAAGAGAAGCCAGAAAAAAAGCCUGACAGAGAAGAGCAGAAGAGACAGGAUAGUCAUUCUAGAGUAAUGUUCCUAGAGCCAAGACAGAAUUUCAAGAAAGGAAUGGUUCAAUAGGAUCUCAACUGGAGCAUCCAUUGAACACAGCAAUCAGAAUACAAUAAACAUAAUAGAACAGAGUAAGUAUUGUUUAAUAAUUCUUACAGUUGCUAUCCACAAAGUGAUACCCCUUGACCAGCAUCUUUGAAUAGCUUUGCUCAAAGUAUGGCCUGAGGACCAGCAGAAUUGACCUCAUCUGGUGACCUGUUAGACCUGCAGAAUCUUAGGUCCCAGCCCCUGGGCCUAUUGAAUCAGAUGUUACAGAUGGACACUGAAGUUUCGAAAGCACUACUUUAUAGCUAUGUGGUGACCGAUCCCCUCCUGGCUUUCUACCGCUAACCUCAAAUGAAUGGUCUAUGCACGCUGCCUUAUUUUUUGACUCCUUCCUCAAAUAAAAUGAUCUGGUUUCAAUUCUACU